UAUUGAGGGGAGAGAGAAAGUGGAAAUUAAGAAGGUUCAACUAAAGUGUGGGUCUAUAAGAGUGAGUUUUGUCUCCCUCAAAUCAACCACAUAUUAUAGUUAGGUUAACCAGACAUUAGUUUACAAACAGCUGCAACCUGCAGGAGAACAACAAGAAGAAAACUAUGGAAGGCAAAGAAACCAUCAAGAGCUGCUGUCCUCCUGCCAAAUCUUGUGGGACAUCUAGCACAAAUGUUCCCCCCAACGAAAAAGCAUAUUGUAAGUGUGGGCCAGGUUGGAAUUGUGUCAUCUGGAAAAUUGAUGAUUAUAAAUCAGAUUCCAAACCUUUCUACAACUGCAGUGGUGAAGGCUGUGUUUGCAUCACGGAAGACUCAAAAACAGGAGAAGGUUGGGGAGAAAAACAAGUAGUGGAGACAGAAGGGGCAUUUUGCUAUUGUGGAGAAGGUUAUGCAUGCAAAAUUACAAAAACUGAAGGUCCAGAUGCCGGUAAAGUAUUCUUCGAGUGUGGCAAUGGUUGCAAAUGCGAGAUUCCUGCUUCUGGUGGUUCCAAGUUUGUUGUUCUUAAAGAUGCCUAAAAGUUUCUUUAUUUUGAAUUUGUCUUCUAAUAUGUCAUUUUCUGUAGCAAUUAUCAAACUCAAAGAAAUAGAGGCUUCCAGUAUUUAUGUUAUUUCAAAAAGAUUGUGAAGUGUGACGCUUGGUUUGUAAGUCUUAAGUCCUUGCCAUCCACACAAGAGUGAAGAGGCUCAUGUAUUCCUUCUCAUUGAAGUGUGGGAAAUUUUAUUUUAAUUGGUUUUCAAACCAAAAAUUACUCCUAUGGAUUAAUUAUGUAAUCUUAAAUUUUUUAUUGUUUAAUUUGACCAUUAAAUAACAAAA